AUGGCACUUCCACCACAUGAUAGAAGACAAUUCUACCUUUUGGUGAUAUUGUACCUAUUGCAGGGGAUUCCCGUAGGGUUGACCUUUGGGACCAUACCGUUUAUACUCAAGUCGUCCCAGAGACAAACAUCAUAUGUGACUAUAGGACUCUUCUCAAUGGCAACAUAUCCGUACUCUUUUAAGAUCUUAUGGUCCCCCAUUGUGGACUCAUUAUAUUCGAGCAAAAUAGGACGUCGGAGAUCGUGGAUAAUUCCAGUGCAAUUCGUAACAGGUUUAACGCUAAUUGCACUCGGUUAUUGUAUAUCCAAGGACAUGAUAUUACCAAAGGACGUGUCCAAAGUAGAUAUGACCGCACUUACGUCGGUCUUUCUAUUCUUGGUUAUUCUUUGUUCAACACAGGAUAUUGCUGUGGAUGGUUGGGCAUUGAACAUUUUAAGCAAAGAAAGUCUGAGUUAUGCAUCCACGGCCCAAACCAUUGGGUUGAACAUCGGCUAUUUCAUGAGUUUUACAAUAUUCUUAAGCUUGAGCAGCAACGAAUUUAUGCAAAAGUAUUUCCACAGAGAUGCGCUCUUUGAAUUGUCUUCGUACUUGGUAUUUACAGGGCUGCUAUACAUUGUUAUAACUGUGUAUGUGAUCCUAUUCACCAGGGAGAACGUUCCCAUGGAAGAGCUCGCCUACAGGAAGAAGGAUGAUGACGAGGAAAAGGUCGAGUAUCAGAAGGACGAACAAGGCACGGCCGAGAGUCACGACUUGCUAAACGUAUACAGGCUAUUUAUCCGCGUUUUGAAGUUGCCCAGCGUACAGACCUUAUCCAUCGUGCACUUGAUUUCUAAGUUUGCGUUCCAGUGCAACGAUGCUGCAACCAACUUGAAGUUGUUGGAGAAAGGCUUGAAACGAGAAGACCUAGCGAUCACCGUGUUGAUCAAUUUCCCAUUUGAGCUUCUCUUCGGCUUUUACGUCGCCAAGCUUUCGCGCACAGGCAACACAUUCAACAACAAAAUCAUCAGGGCCAUCGCGGGGGACUCCGGAGUACUAACUGCGUGGAUGAUCGGUUACCUUGGCAGGCUAUUCUCUGCGAUCCUAGGCAGCAUUGUCGUCUAUUUGUUCCCCGAGGACGAAAAAGCCAUGAGCAAGUCGUUCUUCCUACUUAUCCUAUUCCAACACCUACUGGGUUCCUUCAUGAACACCUUCCAGUUCGUCAGCAUGUCCGCAUUCCAUACCCAAAUCGCAGACCCUGUCAUCGGGGGCACCUACAUGACCCUACUCAACACAUUGAGUAACCUUGGGGGAACAUGGCCCAGACUAAUAAUCAUGACCAUGAUCGACAAGCUAUCUACUACAGAAUGUUCCGGAAUAACACUAAAACAAGGCACCCAUCUCACUCCAAAACAAUGCAUCGACAUGGGCGCACGUCUCGUCAACACAAGGGACGGAUACUACACUACAAACCUAUUCUGCAUCGUUUCAGGCAUCUUCCUCUACACCCUAUAUCUCAGACCGGUUGCAGCAAAGCUCUGCAAGGUUCCUCUCGAGAACUGGAGGGUUUCGAGGUAA